AUGGGACCUGGGACGGGCCCACCUAUAGUCGGUUUCGUUAAUGAGAAACAGCCAUUUUUCCCAGUAAAGUUGUUGUUAGUGGCGAACUAUCUCGAUUCCGAUAUUCUCAUCUCAUCUGUAGGAACCUGAAUUUCCGAUCGUGUAGAAGGCAAAGAAAUCGUCAACACCAUCGUCGUCGCUUUUAAAUCGAAGUCGAGCGACGAUGCCGAAGAAGAUGGGUGUGAACAGUAAAGCCGAGGAGGCUAGGGCUCGCAAGACCGCCUCCGAAGCCGAGCGCAAGGAGCGUGAGGCUCGUUCAAAGGAGGACCAGUUCUGGCGUGAAGCCGAGGGCGCCAAGUCCCGCGCCUCCAAGAAGCGCGAGGACGAAGCCGAGAAGAGAGCCGAGGCCGCUGCGCGUCGCGCCGAGGUUCGCCGCUUGGCCGAGCAGGAGGAGAAGGAGCUCGAGAAGUUGAUAAAGAAGCCUGAUAAGAAGGCCAACAGAGUCUCCAUCCCCGUCCCUAAGGUCACCGAGGCGGAGCUCAGGCGCCGCCGUGAGGAGGAACAAGCGGCUCUGCAGACGAAAGACGAGGAGGUGAAGAAGCGCCAGAGCCGGACUGCUGCUGAGGAGGAGUACGAGAGGAUGGUCCUUGUGACGAAUACGAAUCGUGACGAUUCGAUAAUCGAGGCCAGGACAGUGGAGGAUGCCAUUGCUCAUAUGACCGUUGCUGAUAGCUUGCCUGCGGAUCGCCAUCCGGAGAGGAGGCUCAAGGCUUCGUUUAAGGCUUUCGAGGACUUUGAGCUCCCCAGGCUGAAGGAGGAAAAACCAGGUCUUACUCACAAUCAAUACAAAGAUAUGAUAUGGAAGCUAUGGAAGAAGUCUCCUGACAAUCCCCUUAACCAGGUCGCUGAGUGAUGAGAAGGGGUCUUUCUCCUGUAUUAUUGGCAAUCAUGAUCACACUUCAAUGAGGCACGCAUUUGUGGUUUGAACAUAUGUAUCGUUUCUCUCCUAAUGUAUGUGGUUUGUCCACUCGAUAAUAUCUGAAGUGUAAUAAGUAUCUUCCAUUUUCGUUGCUAUGUAUCUUUAGCUUUAUUGUA